AUGUUUGAGUGGACAGAAGAGGCUGAGGAAGCCUUCGUACAGUUGAAAAAUUAUUUGCGUACCCUUCCUCGGCUUGUCAGUCCACUCAAAGACGAGAAGCUAUAUAUGUAUCUUGCAAUUUCAAAUCAUUCCUUAAGUUCUGUCCUGCUAGCUGAAAGGGACGACCAUCAAAUCCCUGUGUAUUUCAUUAGCCACAUUCUGCACAAUGCCGAGCUUAGGUAUCCACCCAUUGAAAAGUUCAGCUUGGCAUUGUUCAUGGCAUUAAAGAAGCUAAGACCAUACUUUCUUGCUCGCUCGAUUGUGGUCUACACGGACCAACAGUUGAAGAAGCCGUUCAUAACAUUGGAGGCCAGUGGCCGAAUGCUUAAAUGGGCCUUAGAGUUGAGUGGAUUUGAUAUCACAUUCGAACCUAGAAAAGCAAUCAAGGGCCAAGCCUUAGUAGAUUUCUUAGCCAAAAUGACACGGCCGGACUUACAACCGGCAAAGGAUCAGAUCUGGAAAGUUUUUGUGGAUGGAAGUGCAACAACGAACGGAUGUGGCGCUGGUAUCAUAUGUCAAUCUACGGAAGGAGAAAAGUUUAUAUAUGCAUUGAGAUUUCAGUUUCAAGCCUCUAAUAAUGAGGCUGAGUAUGAAGUCCUUCUGGCCGGCCUUAGAAUGUGUAAGGCAGUCGAGGCAACAAAAAUUGAUGCUAGCUCGGACUCUCAGCUGAUAGUCAGUCAAGUGAAUGGUGACUAUGAGGCCAGGGAGCCGACCAUGAUGAAGUAUCUUCAGAUGGUGAAGGAUGAGGCCGACAGCCUAGAGCACUUCACGCUGCAAGCUAGUUCCCCGGUCCGAGAAUCAUCAGGUGGACGCCCUCUCCAAGCUAGCUUCCUUGGCAUAUGUAAUACUCCAAGAUUUGUGUUCUGGGAAGUAAAGGAAAAGAGGAGUAUCGAUGCCGAGCCUGUGAAAAUCAUUGAUGGAAGCUCCACAUGGAUGGACGGAGUUAUCUCCUAUCUUAAGGAUGGAGUUCUUCCGGAUGACCCUAAAGAGAGCUGGCUGAUGAAGAAGAAGAAGGCAUGGUUUGAGAUGAAGGGGGAGAACUUAUUCAAAAAAUCCUUUGUGAAGCCCUACUUGAAAUGUAUUACGGCCGAGAGAGGGCAUGAGGUGUUGGACGACCUCCACCAAGGUCAUUAA